AUGGAGGCAACAGAAGAAGGACGCAUUCGAACUGGAACUUUGUGGACGGGUACAGCCCAUGCUUUUACUGCAAUAGUUGGUUCAGGUAUUUUGGCAUUGCCAUGGAGCGUGGCUCAACUUGGUUGGAUUUUGGGACCCCUUGUUCUCGUUACAUUUGCAAUCGUUACUUAUUACACAUCCAUCAUUUUCUCUGAUUGCUAUCGAACUCCUGACCCUGUCACUGGAAGAAGAAACCAUACUUACGGAGAUGCUGUGAGAACACUCUUAGGUCCGACUGAAGUACUGCUUUGUAGUAUAUUGCAAUAUACAAUAUUAUGGGGAACGAUGAUUGGCUACACGAUUACAACUACCAUUAGUGUCGCGACUUUGAAGAGAUCAACUUGUUUCCAUGAGAAGGGACAAAAUGCAACAUGUGGAGUAUCAGGAAAUCUAUACAUGCUAACCUUUGGAGCAACUGAAAUUAUUCUAUCUCAAUGUCCAAACUUAGAGAAAAUAACAUUCCUUUCAGUCGUCGCUACUGUUACAUCACUUCUAUAUUUUGCUAUUGCACUUUUCCUAUCAAUCGCAAAAUUUUUCUCACAUCUUGAGUUCAAAGGAACUCUCAAGGUAGCUAAUUCCGAAACAGGGUUACCAUCAUCGACCAAGAUUUGGCAUGCCUUUCAAGCCCUCGGAAACAUUGCUUUUGCCUUCGGCUACUCCAAUAUUCUACUUGAAAUCCAGGAUACACUGAAGUCUCCCCCACCGGAAAAUAAAGUGAUGAAGAAAGUGACUUUGUAUGCAAUUGGUGCAACAACACUGUUUUACUUAUUUUACAUUUCUCUUGGAUGCAUGGGUUAUGUGGCCUAUGGAAAUGAUGUUCCCGGAAAUGUUCUCGCCGGAUUUUAUAAUAUAUUCUGGCUCGUUGACAUUGCCAACCUUGCUGUAAUUAUACAUUUAAUUGGAGCUUAUCAGGUAUAUUCUCAACCAAUUUUUGCCAUCCAUGAGAAGUGCAUUGUAACAAGAUGGCCAACUUCAUUUUUCAAUACUGUUUACACAGUUAAACUCCCAUUCAUAAAAAAGUACACAAUCCGCUUCACCUUGAGCAAACUUCUGUUGCGAACAGUCUUUGUCAUUUUCACAACCGCAGUAGCAAUGAUGUUCCCGUUCUUCAACGCGAUUCUUGGGCUUCUAGGAGCAGUUUCUUUCUGGCCACUAACAGUGUAUUUGCCGAUGAGCAUGUACAUUGUGCAAGCAAAGAUCAAAAGAGGAAGCUCUAAAUGGAUGAUGUUUCAAAUUCUGGGGUUGUCAUGCUUGAUUGUAACUCUCGUUGCUGCAAUUGGUUCAAUUGCAGAUAUUUUAGAGCUUCUUAAGAAUGCAAAGCUGUUUCAUAUUCAACUCUAG